UAGCGAAGCGGCUAAACACAGAAGCUCGUCGUCAGUUCAGGAAACACAGCAGUUUCUGGUUGAAACUAACAGACCAGAAACGACACUUUUUAAGUUUUUUUUAAAGUUUAGAUAAACAGACAAGUGCGUGAGCUUAGUAAUCGACGCAGGAAAAUAAUAUUUGGUAGAGACUGUAGACUGUUUCCAAAAUCGGACACCGUUUGUUACUGUAUCCAAAAUCGGACACUUCUGCAUUGUCGCACUUUCCGGUGUUUUCACGGUCAUUUUGAAUAAGAUCGCCACCACCAGUGUAGAUAAAUCCUGGAGCCACUAUGGCCACAGAAGACAGAAUACCAACAAUAGAGAUGGAGAAUCCUCCUCCUUCUCUCAAGUCGGCCGUGUGGCAACAUUUUGCCUUCCCUGUCUUUUAUGUCAACAUGGAACGAAUCGUUGACAGGAAAACUACAAUCUGUAGACUCUGUUACAAGCGGGUCCCGUACUCGCCGUCAGGCAACACGACCAACAUGGCCGCUCACAUCCGCAGGCAUCACAAACACAUCGAGCUGACUGGAGGAGUCAGGAAAACACACGCAGCCUUUCCAUCCUCCAGGUUCAGGUGGCCUCUGGCAGGUUUGGAGUUAAACCAUGAAGAGUUCUUGGAGGAUUUCCCGUUCCUCCAGACUGCCUCCAACCAGAACUACGUCCCAGACGCGGUGCUGCCUCCCGGGGAGCCGUGGCUCCACGGCGGGCCCUCCAGGGCCGUGCUCUCGCUGCCCUCCUGCCUCUGUGUCUGCAGGGACUUUGGGUCGGGCUCUGGAUCUUCUGGAGAAGAUCAGAUGGGAGAGAUGAAGGUUUACGCCAAGUGUCAGCUGCAGAAAGGCGUCAUGUUCGGCCCGUUUCUAGGGGAAGUGUGCAGAGGACAAAUGCCCAGCAACCUGAAAUACGCCUGGGCUAUUCGUGACGAAGCUGCUUUUAUCUACGUCGAUGCAUCUGAUGAAAACAGAUCCAACUGGAUGAGGUAUGUGACCUACACCAGCAGUGAGGACGAUCACAACCUGGUCAUCUUCCAGUUCUACCGACACAUCUACUACAGGGUUUCCCAGCCCAUCGCCGAGGGGGCAGAGCUCAGGGUCUGGAUCGGGAAGGACUACGCCACCCUGCUGGGCCUCGGGAUGGGUGACAAUGUGAAAUGUGAAGUUGGAGACAAAGAAACCGUUCUGCGCCUUUUACAAGACAUCCAGCUGGUGACCCUCCCAGAGCCCAGCAGCAGCUCCUCCCUCUGGUCCGACCACAGCCAAUCACAGAGCCCCAUGCCCGUCAUCAGUGAUGUCACAACCAUGUCCAACCCCGACGCCGCCGGUGAUCCAGGCCUGAUCCCCGGCUCCGCCCUGCCCUCCUCCUCCCUGAUCUCCUUCCCGUCUCCGAGCUCUCAUCCGUACGAAAAGUACGAUUUCAUUCCUGGAUCUGAGAAGCUGCUGGGGAACCCAAACGCCACGCAGAACAGCCCGUGGUACUUCUUCGGGUUCGAGCCGGACCCGAUAGGCCGGCCUCUGGACCGGAGCUCUGCGGUGUGUAAACUGUGUGGGGAACACGUCGGCUGUGGAGGAGGAGCUGCAGAUAUUCAGAACCAUCUGACCAACAAGCACCACAUCAGACCACGAGACAGCAACAAGGAGCGGAGCCUCCCCACAAUAUGUCAACAGCGCUCACAACCGGUGUUGGUGAACAGCGGUCUGGUCAGUACGAUCCCCCAGGUACCUCCCGCCCAGGUGACCGAUGCCAUCACCAACUUCCUCAUCAUGGAUCUGCAGCCUCCAGCUCUGGUGGAAGGGGACGGCUUCAAGAAGCUGAUCCACACCCUGCUGCCCUUCUACAAGGACCUGCCUUCCCCUCGCCAGCUGGAGAGCCUCCUGAGGGAACACCACACCAAAGGCAAGACAAGCCUGGCUCAGCUGCUGAGGAGGAAACUGGGCAGCAGCGAGUUCGAGGAGAUAUCCGACCACACGGCUCCCAUCGAGUUCGAGCACAGGAGACGUGGGCGACCUCCGAGCCACCGCAGGGAAGUCUCUCACUUUGUCACGUUGAGCGUGGAUGUUUGGUUCCACAACUGGCAGGGAACCACCGAGAGGUACCUCACCCUCUGGGCUCAUUACAUAGACUGCCAUUUUAACUUUCAGAACCUGGCUCUGGCCACCCAAAGACUGACAGAGAGCGGCGUGAAGGACUACAGCCUUCGAGCAGUCGAGGCUCAAGUGAAAGUGAUGGCCCAGGAGUGGGGGAUCUGCCAGCCGAAUCUGGUCUUACUGGGCGGGGAGGGAAGGAACAAGAUGAGGCCAGUAAGGAGCGAGAAAGGAACCGAGGCGGCAGGAGGCGCCCCUCACCCGAACUCAACGACGUUUCUGGAGAAGGAGGACCCGGUGUCUCCUGAGGAGCCCCAUGGCUCAGAGCAAGGCCUUUCCAGUGACGGACUACCUUCUGUGCCGUGUUUCUUCAGCGCCGUGCAAGGAUGCAUUGAGGAAGUGAUGUCACACCCUGUCAUCUCCAAGACUCUGAGCCAAUUCCAGGGUAUGCUCGCAUCCCUGUUCCUUUCCCCGGACAAAGGCCUGAACCAGCGCCUGACCCAGAGUCUGCUGCAUACCCUGACCAAACAGGAGCAGGCAGAGCUAAAGUCCUGGGCUCACUGCCGGCCAACAUGGAACAAGCUGUACCCUCUACUGAGCAUGCUCAUCAAACAUAAAAGCCUUUUCUGUGAUCUGAUAAAAGACAUUAAAGGUGAGGGCUUGACUAAAGAAGACACCGGAUCAGAAUCUAGUUCGUCUGGAAGCUGUCAAGCCAACUCCACUUCCAACACGUCCUCAACGAGUGUUUCUGCUCUACGAUCUGAGUGGAAGGUUCUGGAGGAGUUGUCCUUCGUCCUCAAACCUCUGGACGUGGCGUGCCGAACUCUCGCCAAGGAGGCAUUCCCACGUCUGUCCCUCAUCAAACCGAUCCUCACAGGCCUGCUCUCACGCCACCUCAAGUCGCGGCCGGGAGAUUCGUCAUCGAUCAUAAAGGAAGUGAAGAGGAUGAUGAGGCGGAACUUGGCGGGCUGUUACGAAAACCCCAUGGUCAACAGGGUUCUGUGUGUGGCAUGUUCCCUCGACCCCCAGUUCCACGGCCUGGGGUUCAUGGAGGAAAAGGAGCAGACGGCCACUUUUGAUUGGCUAAAGAAAGAGGCAGUCAGGAUCGUGAAGGAGGACGUCAGGAGAAGUCAAGUUAAGAAGCAAAGCCACUGCAAGAGGAGCUCCUCACCAGAGUCUCCGGAGUCAGAGAGCGACUUCCUGCGGAGAAGCAAACGCCUCAAAGACUCCCGGCCGAUCAACUUCAGAGAGAUGAUGGACGACAGCGAGGAGAGCGAGGCGGGGGACGCCGAGGACGGCGAGACGGCUGACCCGGGCUCUCAGGGCGGACUCUCUGGGAUGGAGUUCCUCCUGGGAGACUUGUUCUGCUCUGCCCCCAAGAGCAGGCAGAACUCUGUGGAGGAGUCUAUAGACAUGGAGAUGUCCGUCUUCAGAGCCGAUAAGGGGGCUUCUCUGGGGGUGGAGCCCCUCCAGUGGUGGAGGACCAAGGCGGUGCAGUUCCCCCUGUUGGCCACGGUGGCCCGGGCCUACCUGGCCGCCCCGGCGGUGGCAGGUAGCGCCGCUCAGAGCUUUGUACAGGACGGAGCAGGAGCCACGUACAGGAAGAGAGCUAACAUCCCUCCAGAGAGUUUGGACUCCAUCUUGUUUCUGCACCACAACCACAUGCCCACCACGGAGAGCGGACAGACAGCAGCGAGGAGUGACGACAAGAGUAGCGGGAUGGAAAAGCUCCCAUAAACACACAAAACACAUUCAUUCAUUCAUCACAAACUCUGAAUUUAGCCCUCUCGCCUACAUGUGUAACACUAACCCUCUUUAUGCAGCAAAUUAAAAGGGAUAAUAUGCAGAAACUUCCUUGAAAAAACUAGAACGGCACUCAAAAUGCGCACGCUUGUCAUAUUAUCACGUUAUUUCAAGAUUAUUAUAAUUUCACGUUAUAACGAUCAUAGCGUGCUAACGUUAGCCGGCGAUCGAUAGCAUGCUAACAUUAGCCAGUGAUCAAAAGCAUGUUUACGUUAGCGGGAGAUCGAUAGCAUGCUAACAUUAGCCGGCGAUCAAAAGCAUGUUAACAUUAGCGGGAGAUCGAUCACAGCAGAGCCCAACAUGUGAGAAGAUGUCUGUUGGAGGUUGUGCUUAUCCUGGCUGUUCGUAAAAGUCAUUCAAGCUUUACUCUCCCAAGGAGCCCCCCAACGGCGGCAGCUUUCCCCCUUUCCACCCAGGCGCUAUGCUGGACAGAGAUGUGGGGCCUACACCCAUGUAGCCCCCAUCAUACAUGGAGCCUGGAAUGGGGAGACCUACACCGUCAGGGAACCAGACAGAUUACCGGAUAUAUGAGCUGAACAAAAGGCUACAGAAUAACGUUAGCGGGCGGUUGAUAGCAUGCUAAUGUUAGCCGGCGAUCGAUAGCAUGCUAGCGUUAGCGGGCUAGCAAGACCAAGACCAACUCGGUGCCGUUGAGAGAGACCAACUAAAAUGUGUUUCAUUAAUUUAUUUGAUUUGUUUAACUGCAAUGUGAUUGAUACGGGCUAGCUGGCUAACGCUAUAUAUCACCUUAUAACAUGAAAUUUUCAUUGUCAUGAAAUAAUGUGAUAAUUUCACGUAAUAACGUUAUAACGUGAAAUCAGUGAAUCAUUUUCUUAAAAUAACAUGAUAAUAUCACAAGCGUGUCCAGACGUGUGCGUCACUUUUAAGUGUCCUCUGGAAACACUUCUGUUGUGUUGUGGUCCAUUUGCAGCUCUUUUUCUUAUUGUGUUGUGUUGUGUGAUGACAAGAGUAGUGGGAUCAAAAAGCUCCCAUAAACACACCAACCACAUUCAUUAAUUUAUUUCUCACAAGCUCUGAAUUUAGCCCUCUGGCCUACAUGUGUAACAAAAACCCUCUUUAUGCAGCACAUUUAAAGGUAUAAUAUGCAGGAAUUUCUUUAAAAAAACUAGAAUGACACUCAAAAAGCACAGACUUCCGCCAAUGGUGCAUUCACAUGCGUCCGGAUAGACGCAUUAAGUAUUUCAUUGCUCAAAACACUUAACCACGUGGAAAGUGGUUUCCAGUAUUUGCGUGACAAUGAAGAGCAAAGGAAACAGAUCAGCUGAGCCGUAAAAUAGGAAUUGGGAAACUAAAUUUUCUGAUUCUUGCCGCACAAAUGACGCUAUUGCAUUUAAACAACAUGUUUAAAGCCGUUUUCUAUAUUUGCAUGAGAAUAACAAGGAAACAAAUCAGCUGAGCCCAGGAAUAUGAUCCAGAACUAUUUUUUCUAGUAUUCCCGACAGCACAUGAAUGCAACACAAAUGCACUAUUUCGCAAUUUUAACCAAAGAGAAAAUUAAUUUGUGUAUCCACACCUUGAUUUGGAGCUGCUCUAAAUUUUAUUGGGUUCUUCCUCGGCCCAUACUUCACUCUUCCACCAAGUUGCAUGAAAAUCAGGUCAGAAGUUUUUCCGUAAUCCUGCUGACAAACACACAAACUGCACCAAAAACAUUACCUCAAUGACAGAGGUAACAAUGUCUAGACUCAAAGAAAAAUAAUUUCCUCGCCAUCAUCACUGAUGAUGCAGUAGGAAAGUUUGGUGGUGGAAUUUCUUUUAAGGUUAGGUGUUUUUUUCUUCAUAUAUAUAUAGCCCCCCUAGAGAGGAAAGGCCAAAUUGAAUAGUUGUGAUCAUAAACAAUAAGCAACGAUUCCUGCAUAGUAUGCCUUUAAGGUUAAAAAUAAGCCGAAUCCCAGUUAUUCCCAAAAGUAACAAUGAUGUGAUAUUACAGUCAUGGAAAAAAAAUAUUAGACCACCCUUGUUUUCUUCAUUGCAUUUGUUUAUUUUAAUGCCUGGAACAACUAAAGGUACAUUUGUUUGUACA